AAACACGCGCGGGAAGUAACGUCAUUGCUUUUCCGCAAUGCUAAUAGUUGAAUAGGAGCAGACCGCCUGGCCGUGGUUUCUUCACAAUGUCUGUGAAAUUAAACGCUUUGAAUAGCGAUUCUUACAUAGAUGUUAGUCAGUACAGAGACCAGCAUUUUAAGGGCAACCGCUAUGAGCAGGAAAAGCUGCUGAAGCAGAGCCACACUUUGUAUGUUGGGAACCUCUCCUUCUACACCACCGAGGAGCAGGUACAUGAACUGUUUUCUAAGAGUGGAGAUGUCAAACGCAUCAUCAUUGGUCUGGAUAAAAUUAAGAAGACUGCAUGUGGAUUCUGCUUUGUAGAAUACUACACACGUGCAGGCGCAGAACAUGCGAUGCGCUUCAUUAAUGGCACACGGUUGGACGACCGCAUCAUCAGGACGGACUGGGAUGCCGGCUUCAAGGAGGGACGGCAGUACGGCCGUGGUAAAUCUGGAGGACAGGUGAGAGAUGAGUACAGGCAGGACUACGACCCAGCCAGAGGCGGCUACGGUAAGCUGGCUCAGCAGCAUCGACCCACAGAGGCACGUAAUACUUUUUAGACUGAACCCCACCACAGAAGUCCGUCUCUCAGUCCAGGACCAGAUUUGUUCAUUCUCCAACAACAUGAUACUACAGACUGUUUGCCUCAGUGUUAUCAUGAAACACACACAGCAGGUCUGCUUGGACUACUGGAGCUCAGAAAUAAGCAGCUGGUGUUUAUUUCCUUCAGGAGGCUUGUUUUCUGUUUGACUGCCUCUCUGACUCUCCUGCUUAUAGAAAUAUAAUAAAUUUUCCUACACGCAGGAAAGGCUUUAAUAGCAUGUAGUGACUGGGCUGAAAUAUCAAGAUGGUCUUGUUGCGUUUCCAUGUCAGGUGAGGAUAAUAGUUUCAUGAAGUAAUACAAAGGAAGCAUUCUGCCAUCAUCUUAUCUCCAUGAAUGAUGUCUCCCAAAUUGUGUGUACUUUUUUAAAUAAAGAUUUUUUGACAUUUUCUUGUUCAA